GGAUUUUCGGAGGCCGGUGAGGAGGAGGAUUCCUGAUGCGUUGUGGUGGGCAUUGUGCUGUGGAGUGGUUAUCCUCUUUGUCUAUAUUCUCAGCAAAGGGAACCAGAUUGAGUCAAGACCAGCUUUGGCACAGAUUAUUUCUGUCUUUGUUUGCCUUUGAUGAUGAAGACACCAAGUGCCUCUUCAGUUGUUCCCUUUCAACCUCCCAAACAAUCUCGUCAACACAGAAACCGUGAGGUGAGUUCACGGUUUCUUCCAUCAUCUCCAACAACAACCUCUGUUGAACACUCUUUUCCUUCUUCUACACGUGAAGUUCUCUCUCCACUUCGACGCAAGACUGGUUCUAGUUCAACAAGACACAGCAACAGCAGCAAGCACGCCGAAGAACAAGGCCCUGCCACACGCCAUCAUCAACUAUGGCCUUCUUCUGCUAAGAGAAACUCUGUCACGCUUGCCGAUCGAAUCAGCGAGGACAGGAUCAUAGAAAACCUUGAACAUGACAAACAGAUCGAUUCUAAGAAGCCCAACAAGGCAAGUUCUGUUUUUUCUUCUAGGACUAAAAACAAGAAUAGCAGCACUCUUGAGAAUGGUUCAAACAAUGGCUAUGGGAAGAAACACCGUUCCAUUGUUCCUGGAAGAUUUUCCUUGGAUGAGAAUGCCUUGCACAGAAAGUUAUCAUCAGGGAGAAACUCUUUUUCCUCCAUGAACUCGGUUGAUUCAGAAUCGGAUUACAGCGAGGUGUCCAUGAGUUUGAAUUCAAGGGAAAAGGGAGUUGAGGUUCCCUCCAAGUACAUGAGUGAUGAGAUGAAAACAAGGCCUAGAAAGGGGACUUCAGAUUCCAACAUUGUAGAUAUUAUGAACACCAAUGAUUCCUCUAUUUUAUUUAAGAAACUCAACUUGAAAACUCCCAUCAAGAGGGCUAACUCUCUUACAUCAGGUUACAAGAGUUCUACGUCUCAGUGGGCUUUGUCACCUGGAAGGACUAGUUCACCAUCCAUGUCGAUUGAAAGCAUGGAUAAACCGUUGUCCUUUUCGAGCUUGAAGAAACAACAUAGUAGUCCCAUCAUGACUAGAGGAGUGGAGAGAUUUUUGACCAUGGGUUUUGAUCUCUUCAAGAGCAAGAAAUCCUUGUUAAAUCCUUCUUCGCCAAUGGGUUCUGGUGGGAAUUAUGAGGCUGGCCAUCAGCUUCGCUUGCUUGAAAAUCGGUUGAUGCAAUGGAGGUAUGCAAAUGCUAGAGCCAAAGUUGUAAAUGAAAACAUUUUUAAUCAAGCACAGAGCAAUUUGUUAUGUGCAUGGGAUGGCCUUACAAAGCUGCAGAAUUCAGUGCUAAAAAAGAUGAUACAAUUCAGCAAACAGAAGCUUAAUAUGAAGCUCAAUUUCAUAUUGUAUUCUCAAAUGAAACUGUUGGAGACUUGGGGAGGUUUGGAAAGGCAACACUCGUCAGCAAUUACCAAGAUCAAAGAGAGUUUGUAUUCUGUUAUCUGUAGAAUUCCCCUCUUGGAAGGUGCAAAGGUGGACUUACAAUCAACAUCAAUCACUCUACGGCAUGCAACUGAUGUCACGGCUUCUAUCGCGUCAAUGUUAACUUGUUUCCCACCUUCAGUUGAUGAGACUGCUUUACUGCUAUCAGAAUUAGCAGAAGUAGUUGCACAAGAGAAACAACUCUUAGAAGAGUUCUAUGAUCUUUUCCAAAUCAUAUCUGUCUUUGAGAUUCAAGAGAGAAGUGCAAAGUGCAAUCUCAUUCAACUUGAAAGUUGGCAAUGGAAACAACAACAACGGCAAUUACCACACGAGAUCACAUCAUAAAACUCUAGGCUACUAGUGGAAGUUUAACCAAGAUAAAUAGUAUAAUUACUAUGACAACCUCAAAUAGGAAAAUGGUGGCAAAAUAUAAUGAAGUUAGUAUCUGUUGUUAAUUUUCUUUUCAUAAAGAACAAAAAAAAAGGCAAAUCCAUAGAACAUAAUUC